CCAGGCGAUUGCGAGUGGGUUACAGUUAUCCAGAGCAUCUGCGCUGCUAGGUACGCGACCCCGCCCUUCAUUAUCUACAAGGGACGCGUCUAUACCUCUGCCUACUAUAAGAGCCACCUUAACCAGCAUUUUAAGGACUACUGCCUUAAACACAAGAUCCUAACCCUCUGUAUGCCCCCCUAUUCAUCGCACAUCCUCCAGCCGCUUGAUGUGGUCUGCUUCUCGCUGCUAAAGCGCAGGUACUCCCAGCGCGUUAGAGACUUGGCACGCCAACGCGUCUUCUAUAUUAACAAAGAAGGCUUCCUCCCUGCCUUUAAGGACGUGUUUUUUAAUGUAUUUACAGAGCAGAACUAUUAAAAGGCUUUUAAGGCAGCAGGGCUAGUCCUAAUUAAUGCGCAGGUUGUAUUAGAUUGCCUUAAAGUGCAGCUACGUACCCUACUAGAACCCCUCCUCCUAGAGACGCUAUAGCAGUUAAAGACUCUAAGCAAUACCUAUAAGUUUAGAUCUAAAUUAAAGCUUGUACGCGAUUCCUUUACUCGCUUACCUGUUACAGCUUAGGCUGGUUUCUCCCAGCUUAUAAAAGGUGGUGAGCUGAUGCUGCAUAAAAAUGCGCUUCAACAUGCUCAGAUCCAUGAGCUUGAAGAGCAAUUAGCAGAGAUGACCAAGCGAAAAUCGCGUAAGCGCAAGCGGAUUCAGCAGGGUGGUACUAUAGAGUAUGGGACUGCUGCAGCGCAG